AUGGAUAUAAAUGGAUAGAUUUUAAAAAAACGAUUUAAUAAAUGUUCCCAAUCAGAAUUAAUAAAAAAGUAAUAAUUAAUAAUAAUAAUUAUAAUAGUAGCAAGGUUCGAACUUAGAGGAAGAAUAACAAGGCCCAUCAAACGGGAUAGAGCAAUUUAAUAAGACAAAAUUGUAAAAUGUAUAGCAUGAGUGAAGAGUACUUAAGAAUAUGUUAUUCCAGGAGAAAAUGCCUAUAAUUAUAAAACAGGAGGGAUUUACAUAACAUAUUCUUAUAUAAAGGAGAGCGGAAUAGUAUAUACCCUACAGAUAUAGACUAUUGUGUAACAGUAAUGAGAUGUACCAGCUAUUAGGGGACUGUUAUGAUAUAGAUAAUCAUAGAAUAUAUAAGCAUAGACUUAAAAAUAUCCAUGAUCAUCCAAUAACAAGAUUAGACUUUGAUUGUAUAAGAAUCCUAGGAGAUAACCUUGAAAGCUGCACAGCGAACUCAGAACCAAAACUUAAAGUUACUCAUGUUAAAGUAAGGCUAGGUAAAUAUUUUAGGAGCUGA